AUGCACCAAAAAGAUAUUAAAGGGGCCCUGGGAGCUAGAGGGGCUUCCACUGGGGGCGGUGGUGGGGUAGGGGCGGGCCUGGACAAAACGCUGAGUAAAGGCUGGCUGGAACUGGAGAGCGACCCCGGCCUCUUCACCCUGCUGGUGGAGGAUUUUGGUGUCAAAGGGGUGCAGGUAGAGGAAAUCUGUGACCUUCAGAGCUAAUGCCAGGGCCCUGUGUAUGGGUUCAUCUUCCUGUUCAAAUAGAUCGAGGAGCGCCGGUCCCGUCGCAAGGUCUCGACUUUGGUGGAUGACACGUCUGUGAUCCAUGAUGACAUUGUGAAUAACAUGUUCUUUGCUCACCAGCUGAUCCCCAACUCUUGUGCUACCCAUACCCUGCUGAGUGUGCUCCUGAACUGCAACAGCGUGGACCUGGGCCCCACUCUGAGUCGGAUGAAGGACUUCACCAAAGGUUUCACCCCUGAGAGCAAAGGCUAUGCAAUUGGCAAUGCCCCAGAGCUGGCCAAGGCACAUAACAGCCAUGCCAGGCCAGAACCUCGCCACCUUCCGGAGAAGCAGAACGGCCUCAGCGCUGUGCGCACCAUGGAGGCGUUUCACUUUGUCAGCUACGUGCCCAACACAGGCCGGCUCUUUGAGCUGGAUGGACUGAAGAUCUACCCCAUUGACCAUGGGCCCUGGGGAGAGGAUGAGGAAUGGACAGACAAGGCCGGGCGGGUCAUCAUGGAGCGGAUUGGCCUGGCCACUGCAGGGGAACCCUACCAUGACAUCUGCUUCAACCCGAUAGCGGUGGUGCCCGACUGCAGGGUCAAGUACGAGGCCCGCCUGCAUGUGCUGAAGGUGAACCGCCAGACAGUGCUGGAGGCCCUGCAGCAGCUGAUCAGGGUACAGCCGGAGCUGAUUCAGACCCACAAGUCUCAAGAGACUCAGCUGCCUGAGGAACCCAAGCCGGCCAGUGGCAAGUCUCCCCCAGUGCUGGAGGCCAGCAGGGCCCCGGUGGCCCCCGAGGGGACCUACACAGAUGGUGCCGAUGAGGUGGCUGCUCCGGGUGCCCCAGCCCUGACCCACAGCCUGCCCAGCAAACCCAAGCUGGUGGUGAAGUCCCCAGGGAGCAGCCUCAACGGGGGUGCCCCCAACCCCGCCCCCAUUGUACAGCCCAACACCCUGGAGGUCCUGAUGGAGAAGCUCUGGGAGUCCUAGAAAGACCUCUCGCUGCCUCUGUCCAUCAGGAUGAGCAGCCGGUCUGGGAGCCCAGCUGUGGCCGUACCCGCCCACUCUCAGCCCUCACCCUCACCCAGCAAUGAGAGCACCCACACAGCCUUCAACUCGCCGCUGCGCUCUCCCAUCUGCUCAGCCAACCCGACUCGGCCCUUCAGCCCUGUCACGUCCCACAUCUCCAAGGUGCUCUUGGGUGAGGAUGACAGCCUACUGCGGGUCGACUGCCUGCGCUACAGCCGCGCUGUGCGCGACCGGGGGCCCGCUGUCAGCACGGGCCUGCUGCACCUGGCUGACGACACGGUGCUCAGCCCACUGGCACUCACAGAUGGUGGCAAGGGCUCCUCGCCCUCCCUCAGAGUGGGCCACAGCCACCAGGGGCCCAGCAGCCCAGAGGAGAAGGAGGCAGCGGCGGACGCAGCAGACGGCCGGGAGAAGAUGGGGCUGGGGAGGCCCGGGGAGUCCAUCAGCGGGGAGAAGUACUCGCCCAAGGAGCUGCUGGCCCUGCUGAAGUGCGUGGAGGCUGAGAUCGCCAACUAUGAGGCCUGCCUCCAGGAGGAAGUGGAGAAGAGGAAGAAGUUCAAGAUCGAUGAUAACAACUAUGACGAGUUCAUCUGCACCUUCAUCUCCAUGCUGGCUCAGGAAGGCAUGCUGGCCAACCUGGUGGAGCAGAAUAUCUCAGUGCGGCGGCGCCAGGGCGUCAGCAUAGGCCAGCUCCACAAGCAGCGGAAGCCUGACGCGCGGAAACGCUCGCGGCCCUACAAGACCAAGCACCAGUGA